UUCACAGAUGUGUAAUGUUCUCUCAGGUAGCUAGGCAAACGAUAGCCUUGUGUUAGCUAGCUGUUAGCAAUCGGAAACAGAUUUGCCAUGGAUUAGCAAAAAUGGUUAACGGUGCAGAGCAUCACAAGGACUAAUGUGAACGUUAUGGGGAUGAAACUGUGGAGAGUAAGUUGUCUCUUUAAAACAACCAUAACGUUGCUAACUAUGAUUAUCGCUUUUAUCUCAUAGCGUAAAUCUUUUUUUAAACAAAUCCAAUCUAGCGAUUAGUCGCGUUUAGCUGACUUAGCUCCCCGCGGCUAGUUAAGCGUUAGCGAGUCACUUCCUUUCUGAAUUAGCUGGUGAAGAGGAUUAGUUCGUGGCAGCCAAUACUCCGUGUAUCCGUCCAUCUCUUUAAAGUCGCCUGCACACGUAUGGUGUGGAACUUCCCGCAGCCUCGGAGGGAUAAAGAUGUUUGUGUAACAGAUUAUGUGACGCGUUGUCCUGUAUGGAAUGACAACCUCACAGAGAUACAUCGAAUCCAAACCAGCGGCUCGGUUCGCUGACAUGGAGUGGCAAACACCAGCUGUGUCAGAGAAGUUCCAAAGUCGCUUUGGCCGCCGGCCUGGAACAUCAGACAGUGGGGACACUGGUCUUGGCACCUCAGCAUCUGACAGCACAGAAGAUUUCUGCAGUUCUAGCAGCAGCCCCUCUUUCCAACCCAUCCGCAGUCAGAUCCCCAUUCCCACUGCACAUGUCAUGCCAUCCACGGCCGGAUCCUCGGCCUCUAAGCCCCAGUCAUGUGUCCAGGAGGACGGCCUCUCCUCGCUUGAGAGUCACAGGUCUUCCUCUGGCUCCAGGACCCAGAGCGGCUCCACCUCCAAGUCUUCCUCUCUUUCCAAGUCAGCAUCGUCGCCCAACUUGGACGCUCAGGACAGUGUGGGAGUUGAUCCCGUGGGGCCAAAGCCAGAUUGCCUGAGCCGCUACCGCAGCCUCAUCAAUGGGCUGGACCACUCGCUUUUCCCCUCAGACCACACACGGUUGGAUGAUGGCCAGAGGUUUGACACUCCUACUGUAGAACCUACUCUAAAUCAGACAGCCCUGUUGGGGGGGCUCUGUCCUGAUGUCCGACUCCGAUUUCAGUCAAGCGGGAUUAGAGACGGCCCAGACUGUCUGUCUGAUGCCUACAGAGGAGGCAUGGAUCACAGCUAUAAAGUUCUGCCUGAAGCCAGGCCUGGGCUUCCCUGCACAGCAGAAACCUCUAAUCAGAGGGGCGGUCAGCCUGGUGCAGCGGGCUCUGCUGGAGUUUAUGCAAGCCCUCUCAGCCUGCAGACACAGGCUCUGCUGAGGGAGCAUCCCGGCUCCAAGGGUUAUGAGCCACUGCGGCAGGACAGAUGUAGUGACCUGUCCAGCUGGCAGCAGCAACAGCAGCAUAAGCAGCAACUGGAGAGUUUACGUCUGCAAGUGGAACAAAUGCAGUUAUUGGGCGCUGGAGUGGGUCAGUAUACGUCUCUGUACUCAAACCCCAUUCACUCAGAGUCUGGCAAGUGGGACGCGCUGGUUAAAGCCAGCGAGAGUCUGUUAAAGGAGAAGGAGCUCAUCAUCGAGAGACAAAAGCAGCACAUGUCCCAGAUGGAGCAGCGUCUGAGGGAAAGCGAGCUGCAGGUCCAUGGAGCCCUCUUGGGUCGAGGGGCUUCUUAUGGGGAUAUGUUCAUGCUGAGGCUACAGGAGGCUCAAAGAGAGAAUGCAUUCCUGCGAGCACAGUUUGCUGAGCGCACAGACUGCGUUGCCCUGGAGAAAGUGGAGGCCGAGCGCAGACUGGGAGCAGUUGAAGCAGAGACGCGGCGACUAACUGACUGUCUGAAGGAGACAUGUGAGAGACACGCAGAAGAGAUGAAGAAACAGGAAGAGAGGAUCCGCAGCCGAGACAAACACAUCAGCAACCUGAAGAAGAAGUGCCAGAAGGAGGCGGAGCUGAAGAGAGAGAACCAGCAGCGUAUUGAGACUCUGGAGCGCUACCUAGCCGACCUGCCCACCUUGGAGGAUUACCAGAGCCAGAACAAGCAGCUCCUGGAGGCUGAACAGCAGGCAGCCCAACUACAGGAGAGAGCAAAAGAAUUGGAGGCCUGUCUAGAGACGACGCGCUCACAACUGAGGGAGAAAGACGCGCUGCUGGAGGAGCAGAAACGCAGGGAGAGAGACCUGCUGACCACCAUCACUGAUAUGCAGCAGCGGGUGCAGCAGGGCCUAGAGGACGGAGCCCGGCUGCCUUCUUUGGAUAUCGAGAAGCUCAGAGGAGAGAACAACGGUUUGAGAGAGGAACAUCAAAGACUCAAAAAGGUCAUUGAGAAGCAACACCGAAUGAUGGAACAACUCGGCUCUCAAAUCCAGUCUUUGGAGCAGCAGAUAUCUCAGGAAGACAACAGCUCUCAGGCUCUCAGAGGAGACGUGCUGGCCAAAGAGCAGAAUGUGUUGGAGCUCCACACAGCCAUGAAGGAGCUGUCAGCCCAGAACCAAGAACUGAUGGAGCGGAAUCUGACGCUGCAGGAGAAGAUGAGCGAUCCAGAGCAGAGGAGCAGUAACCAGGCCUCCUCUGCCCUGCAGCCCGCCGGGGCUCGUCUCACACAGAGGCUCCACGUAGAGAUCGCCUCCUGCCUCAGUGACCUGCGCUCCCUGUGCAGCAUCCUCACCCAGAGAGCGCAGGGACAGGACCCAAACCUCUCCCUGCUGCUUGGUCUCACAUCGCCUUCACAACUGGCAGAGCAGGCUGAGGACUGGAUGAGUCCAGAGGUGCUGCAGAAGAAGCUGGUCGAAGCUCAACAGCUCCGCCGAGACGUUGAAGAACUGCGUAACGUAAUACUGGACCGUUAUGCACAGGACAUGGGAGAAAACUGUAUCACCCAAUAACCCUCCCACCCACCCAGGUGACGGGGGAAACUUGCAGAAGCUCCUCUUCGCUUCCGAAGCUUCUAAAACGAGCCUGUCUUUAAUGCCUAUAGUUACUGAAUAUCAGACAGAGGACUGGAUUUACAUUUUCUUAAAAUGAGGACAGAGGAAAGCCCAAAUGGUUUCGCUUGUGCUUCUCUCAACUGACUGAACGUGGAGUCUCAAGUCUGCCUGUAGCUCAGAAGCCUCCCUUCCCCCCAGUGAGUUCAUCUAUUUCUGUCCAAGGGCUAACAGAAAAUAACUUACCUCUAAUACUUGAUCCUUUAAGCAUAGUGUGUAUGUGUUUUUUAAUGAUGAUGACAUGAUACUGUCGGUUACCAAACAGUCUUAUACUUUUUGUUUUAUUCUAGGGGACGACUCUUUGUGUAGAAGUCCCACAUGUAUAAUUUAUUUAAAUCUUAAUUUCCCUCCCGAGGGGAAUUAUCCAAGAAAUGGUUGACAAUCAACUGAAAAUACUUAAACCUUGUGCUUUUAACAGUAUUCACAAAGAAAUGUUGCUAACUUCCCAUUAUUUAAAAUGGUGGACACAGUAACAUUAACAAAAAAAAAAAGCAACUUGGGCGGUUUAAUACCAAUUCAGCUUCCGACACCAACAGGCCUAAAACAGUUUUAUAACCAAAGAGAACUCUGGUCGAGGCAGUUGUGCAAGUCUCUGAAUGUUUGUGAACGCUCCUCUCUGCUGCACGACUCGUUCGGAAUGAAACACCACAAAGUGCCUUUCUGUCACAUCUGCAACCGCAAUGCUCACUCAUUUCUAGACCAACCACACAAGGGCUGUGUGCAGCAGACUCUUCCAUUUUGACUUUCUCUCUCUCAGCGUGUUAAACCAGUAGGAUAGUCGAUACAUUCCCUGACUCUGAAUGUAGCAGAUAACCGAGGGGCCGCGUCACAGAGCGUGUGGAGGCCACCUUCCUUCUUUUUUGUUUUUUCCUAGUAGAUAUAUGAAGUGAAAUAAUACUCAUUAGUCCGGGUGAUGUUUGUAGAGUCGGCUCAGUGUAGAUGAAUAACUUCAGUUCACUGUACAUUUCAGUUGACGGCUUUGACAGAGUGUUUGAUAAGUGAAUGCCUGAGAACCAGUAUUAAUCCUCAGUAUUAUUUAUUGUUUCUGUUUGCAUUGACAACUCAGUGUGAAAGUGUUUUGGGCCCUAAUGUGUUGUUCUAAUAAUGUUCUAAUGUUUGCGCAAACCUGGCAUCAACUUUGUGUAAAGGUCCCAUGAAGUGGCUUUAAGAUUGUUAUUGUCUUCUGUGGUGUUCCGUGUGCAGGCAGCCGUCACUGAGGAACGGUCACUGUCUCUAGGUGACAGAGGGACGUGUUUUAAUCCCAUGUGGUGAUGAUGUGGAUGUGAGGGGUUGGCUGGAUCAACCCUAAAUCUCUGAUCAUGUCACACUCACUGGGAUUUUAUUUUUACCCUGAGUGCAAGAUAAGCCAUUAAUAAAGAAAACUUGACACUUUACAGGAAGAGAAGGGGAUUUUAGUACAAACAUAUGCAAUGAUGACUUUUUGGCAAAGUAUACAGAACGACGCACCCAGGGACACACAAGCCAUUUUUGUUUUUUUUUCAUUUCAUGGGACCUUGAAACUCGAGUAGCACAAAAUUGCUUUUUGGAAAAGUCAGGUUCCGCAUGCCUUAACUUAACAUCUCAAAUGUUUUGCGAAAGGGAAAAAGAUGUUUAUAUUUUCAUACUUUGGUCCUUGUUUGUAUUUGCAUAUUUUAGAAAUAAAGACUUUCAACUUUU